AUGUCGUCGAACAAUGAUCUUUGGUUGCAUUUAGUAUCCCAGUUAAAUACUCAACAGAGAGCAGCGGCCCUCUUUGAUUACACUAGAGGGCUGCAGGUCAUUGCCGGUCCCGGCACAGGGAAGACUAAGGUUUUAACUUCAAGAGUAGCGUAUCUUAUUCUGCACCACCAUAUUCAUCCCCGCGAUAUUAUAGUGACUACUUUCACUAACAAAGCUGCUAACGAAAUGAAAGAGCGUUUGCAAGAAAUGUUACGCGGGGCAGGCGUGAAUAUUUCGGAGCUCUUAAUUGGUACUUUUCAUAGUAUUUGCCUGAAAAUACUUUAUAGAUUUGGCCACUUGGUGGAUCUACAGAAAGACUGGAGAAUUAUUGAUGAGAAGGAAAUAGAUGUCAUUUUAGAUGAUAUGAUCGAAAAAGUUCCCGACCAAAUAAGGGAUUAUGCUUCCUCAAUCACAAGGAAAGUAAAUCUUUGUAUGCCGAGUAAAAAUGGAGAUGAAUGGACUAUUCAUCCGAAGCUGAUCAAGAAACAGAUAUCAAAGCUAAAAUCAAACGCAAUAUUACCUGAGGAAUACAUCUUAGAUUCGAAUCAUGACGCCGCGCUUGGUUACUUUUACCAAAUAUACCAAUCAGAGCUAAGCAAGAAAAAUACGUUAGAUUUUGAUGACUUAUUAAUGUACACCUUUCGUUUGCUGACUAGAGUGCGUGUUUUAUCCAACAUAAAGCAUGUUUUAGUUGACGAAUUUCAAGAUACUAACGGCAUUCAAUUGGACUUGAUGUUUCUUUUUGCUAAGGGAAAUCAUCAUCUUUCGAGGGGGAUGACCAUCGUAGGUGAUCCUGAUCAAAGCAUAUAUGCUUUCAGAAACGCCUUAGCGCACAACUUUCUAGAAAUGGGCAGAAAAUGUCCCAUCGAGUACUCAACUAUCAUACUUGUUGAAAAUUAUCGUUCAUCACAAAAAAUUCUAAAUACAAGCGAAAUUUUAAUAACGCAACAAAACAAAGGUCGGCAGAAUAGGGCUCCACUCCGUGCCCAAUUUGACCUGGAUUUUCCACCAGUUUACAUGAAUUUCCCCGCUUACUUUUUGGAAGCACCUUCUUUAGUUCGGGAACUACUAUAUUUGAAGGCAUUGCCAAACCUAUUCACAUUUAAUGACUUUGCUAUCCUAGUAAGACAACGAAGACAAAUUAAAAGGAUCGAAAGUGCAUUAAUAGAACAUCGGAUACCCUAUAAAAUUAUUAGGGGCCACAGUUUCUGGGAUUCCAAGGAAACAAGAGCGAUGUUAAAUUUAUUAAAAUUGAUAUUUUCUCCGAAUGACAAACAUGCAAUUCUUGCUUCACUUUUAUAUCCAGCAAGGGGCCUUGGUCCUGCUACCGGUGAGAAGAUUAAGAACGCAUUGGACACGUUAGCUACCGAUGUGUCAUGUUUCCAAAUAUUGAAAGACAUAAGUAGUAAAAAAAUAAUGCUAGACAUACCGACGAAAGGCCGUUCUGUGAUUGCUGACUUCAUUUCAAUGAUAGAAAAUUGUCAAUUGUUGCUCCAGAGCACUUUACUAGGGGGUCUUUCAGAUUUAUUUGAUAAGCUAUAUGAAUUAUCAGGUCUGAAAUACGAAUACUUGUACAAGGAUGGUAAGAAAAAAAAUGAUCAGCUUGAAAAAUCCGAACCUAAUUUAUUAAACGCAAGACAUAAGAAUAUUGAACUUUUGAAAAACUAUUUCCUGGCUCUUCUUUCCAAGUCAGAAUCUUCAGAUAAAGAAAAAAAUGAAGCCAUUAAAGCAGCAACAGAUGAAGCCGAACCAAUAGAGAACAAGGUCAUCACUCCAAAAGAAUACCUCCGUAAUUUCUUCAAUUCACUUUCCCUUCAUUCUGAUGCAGCUGAGGAGGAAGAGUCGGAAUCCAAUAAAGAUGCAAAAAUAAAACGUGAGAAGAAUGGGUUUGUCACGAUAUCUACAAUUCACGGUGCCAAAGGUCUUGAGUGGCCGGUAGUUUUUAUUCCUGGAUGCGAAGAAGGUAUAAUUCCUUGUGUGUUCAACGAUGAUAAGAAAGACGAAUCAGAGGAGGACGAAGAAGAAGAUCAAGAAAAUAGUAAGAAAGAUGCAAGCCCAAAAAAGACUAGAGUUUUAUCCGUGGAAGAUUCUAUAGAUGAGGAAAGAAGAAUGUUUUUUGUUGCACAGACUCGUGCAAAAUACCUGUUGUACCUAUCAAAUACUGUAACUGUGGAAGAUGUCGAUAGACCAAGAAUUGCAAGCCGAUUUUUGACUACUGACUUGAUAAAAGCCAUGUCCGAUAGCCAAAAAUUAUUUGAAAGUACGAAUAGUAUCAAAAAACUAUACCGAAUUUUGAACAAAAAGCCGCCUGCUGAAGAUGAUAAACUAUUCUCCCUUGACCAAUUGCGCAAAGACUAUAACCAAUUCAUUGAAAAUAGGAGAGAAAGGAUGAUUUGGCAAGGGAUACAAAUGAAUGAUGUCUAUGGAAUACAGUUGUCUAGAAAUAAAUUAUUGGGUUCUGUUAGUGAUUUCACGUCAGCUGCGGACCAGUUACGACUCGAAACGCAAAACUCUAUAUUCCCACAGAAGAAACUUAUUGAAAAAUCACGCCCAUCCAAAAUCAAUGGCAAUUACGCUCCUAAAAGUAGAGUUAAAAGUCCAGAAAAAAGGUACGCUCCAGAAACUACAUCAUUCCAUUCUCCUACAAAGAAAAAGGUGUAUGCACCUCAAUACGUUUCAACAACUAAUGUACCUAGUAGGCAGGAGUUUCAUUCUUCUACUGGGAAAAAUAUUCCUUUUCUGAGAAGAGAAGAUAGGUCCAUCACAGACAUAUCACCACGAUCAUCAACGAGGUCGUUAAAAGGAGCAUCUCCAAAUAAGACGAGCCACAUGUCAGAUGAUUUAAUGAGACCAUCACCUACGAGGAAGGACAAAGUUACUCGUAAUAUUCAUUUCGCAACUGCAGGAACUUUCAGAAUAGAAACCCAGUCAAAUGUUGAUGAACUGCAUCCUCCGGAAUACUCCAAUAAAUCAGGGCAGUCGCUUACGUCGAGUGAAUUUUCUGGGUUUUCUAGCGCGUGCAGUAAUUCUGAUCAGCCAACGAACUUAAUAGAAGAUAUAAACAACGAAUUAGAUCUAUCCGAUGAGGAGUUAUUAAAUGACAUAUCAAUAGAAAGGAGGAGAGAGCUUUUGGGCUCGAAAAAGACGAAAAAAAUAAAACCAAAAACUCGAAAUAGAAAGUCUAAGAGAGGUGACAAGGUUAAGGUGGAGGAAGUGAUAGAUUUGAAGAGUGAAUUUGAGGAAGAUGACAGCAGAAAUACAACAGCUGCUGAGUUAUUACAUAAUCCGGAUGACACUACAGUUGACAAUCGUCCAAUAAUCUCCAAUGCUAAGUUUUUGGCUGACGCAGCAAUGAAAAAGACACAGAAAUUUUCCAAAAAGGUGAAGAAUGAACCUGCAUCAAGUCAAAUGGAUAUAUUUUCUCAGCUGUCACGUGCGAAAAAAAAGUCAAAAUUAAACAACGGUGAAAUCAUAGUCAUCGAUUAG